ACUAGUGGUUUUUUGACUUGUGACUCAGAAUACAGUUUUCUUAGCUCAUUCAGAUUUUAGUUGAUUGCGUUCCAACUUAUUUCCUGGAAGCUGCAACCAACUUGUUCACUCUAAAUUCGGCAACAUAAUGGCUCCAAUAUAAAACUAUAAAGUUCACAUGGAUAGAAUUGGGAAGGGAAAAAAUGGUUGCCAGAGUUGGAUCCUUAUUUUCUAGGAAAAUGGUUUGGUCUGCCAUUUCUACAAGUCACUGCCAAAGUCAACCCGCUUGUUGCUGCUUUGAUUAUUCUCUUCCCUUUGUUCAAGAGAAAGCAGUAGCAGUUUAUAUGUUUGAGAAUUGAGUCUUUGUGUUGUGGCAAAAGGAUUAAAAGGCUUUUUGUUUGAGGGAAAGAAGAACAACCUUGUAAGAUGUCUCAGGCUAUAGUGAACUUCAUUGUGCAAAGUCUUGGUGAUUUGCUGAUUCAAGAAUCCGUGUACUUAUAUGGGGUGCAGGACAAAGUGUUGCAGCUGCAAACUGAAUUGUGGAGGAUGAGGUCUUACUUGCAAGAUGCAGAUAGGAGGCAAGAUGAAAAUGAAAGGCUCAGGAAUUGGAUUUCAGAAAUCAGAGAAGCUGCUUAUGAUUCUGAAGAUGUGAUUGAAUCUUAUGCCCUCAGAGGAGCCUCAAGAAGAAAUUUUUCAGGUGUGUUAAGCCUCAUCAAAAGGUAUGCUUUAAUCAUCAACCGGUUAAUAGAGAUCCACAAGGUGGGGUCUCAUGUUGAUAAUGUCAAAGCUAGGAUUUCUAGCCUUACAAGCAGCCUUGAAACUUACGGCAUAAGAGCUGAGAUAGAAGAAGCCUCAAAUUCUAUGCAUGGGAGGCAGGGAGCUUUGAGGAGGUCUUACUCACAUGUCAUUGAAGAGGACAUAAUUGGUGUUGAAGAUGAUGUGAAGAUUUUGGAGUCACGUAUGGUGAACCCCGACAAAGUAGUAGCCAUUUGUGGAAUGGGGGGGUUAGGGAAAACAACAUUGGCAAAGAAGGUGUACCAUAGUCCUAAUGUGAGGAACAAUUUUGAGAGCUUGGCUUGGGCUUACAUAUCACAGCAUUGCCAAGCAAGGGAUGUGUGGGAAGGGAUUUUGUUUAAGCUGAUCUCUCCUUCCAAUGAGGAAAGAGAGGAAAUUGGGAAUAUGAGAGAUGAGGAGGUUGCAAAGAUGCUUUACAAAGUUCAAGUGGAGAAGAGGUGCUUAGUGGUCCUUGAUGAUAUUUGGAGGACAGACACGUGGCACAAACUGAAGCCUGCGUUUCCUCAUGGAAGAUCAGUGUCAGUAGCUGGUAGCAAAAUAUUGCUAACUACUAGAAACAAUGAUGUUCCAUUGCAGAUGGAUCCUGGUUGUUAUCUUCACAAACCAAAAUGUUUGAAUGAAGAUGACAGCUGGGAGUUGUUCCAAAAGAAGGCAUUUCCAAAAGUUGUUGAUCCAGACUACAGAGAAAAGGAGAAAUUGGGAAGGGAAAUGGUUGGAAGAUGUGGAGGUUUACCAUUGGCCAUCAUUGUGCUUGCAGGACUUUUAGCAUCAAAGCCUACACUCUAUGAAUGGAACACUGUGCGUCAGAACAUCAAUUCAUAUUUGAGGAGAGCAAAAGGCCAAGAACAACACUUAGGAGUAUCCGAGGUGUUGGCUUUAAGCUACUACGAAUUGCCAUACCAGUUGAAGCCAUGCUUCCUACACUUAGCACAUUUCCCAGAAAAUUUAGAGAUACCAACAAAGAAAAUCGUAAGAAUGUGGGUGGCAGAGGGUAUUGUAUCAUUGGAACACAAUGGAGAAGGUGAGGAAGUUCUUGAGGAUGUUGGACAACGUUACUUGACUGAGCUAGUGGAGAGAUGCAUGAUUCAGGUUGUUGAAAAGAGUUCAACGGGGAGAAUAAGUACUUGCCAAAUGCACAACCUCAUGAGGGACCUAUGUGUUUCUAAGGCAUGUCAAGAAAACUUUCUUGUGGUGAUUAAUUCCAGGAAUGAAGAAGAAACUAGAGGGCCAUCAAGAGCUAGAACAAUGAGAAAAGUUCGCAGGAUUGCCUUGUAUCUUGAUCAGGAUGUUGGUAGGUUCUUCCCUUCAAACUUGAAAAGCCUCUACCAUCUAAGAUCUCUCCUUUGCUACCAUGAAAAGACAACUAGGAUAAGUGAAUGGGGGGUGAUGAAGUCAUUUUUCAACAAAUGCAGGUUACUUAGAGUCUUGGACUUGGAAGGAAUACAAGGUCCAGGAGGGAAGUUACCAAAAGAAAUUGGAUUCUUGAUCCACUUAAGGUUUCUCAGUCUAAGAAAUACAAAAAUUGACGAGUUGCCCCUAUCAAUAGGAAAUUUGAAGUACUUGAUGACCCUUGAUCUUCUAACAGGAAAUUCAACUGUACUAAUACCAAAUGUCAUAGGGAACAUGCAGAAAAUGAGACAUUUAUAUUUACCAGAGUCUUGUGGUGAUAGCAUUGAAAGAUGGCAACUGGACAACCUGAAAAACUUGCAGACCUUGGUUAACUUCCCUGCUGAGAAGUGUGGUGUAAGAGAUCUCAUGAAAUUGACCAAUUUAAGAAAAUUGGUGAUAGAAGAUCCUAAAUUUGGAGAUAUCUUCAGGUACCGUAAUGUGACAUUUAGCCACCUAGAGUCAUUGUUUUUUGUUAGUUCUGAGGAUAUAUCAAUUACCGAUGUUGCAUUAGGGUGUCCUAAUCUCUACAAGCUACACAUGGAAGGACCUAUAAAGAAUUUUCCAGAGCCCCAACAAUUUUUUUCCAAGCUUAUGAAGCUAAAGUUAAAGGGUUCUGGACUUGUUGUAGAUCCAAUGCCAACAUUAGAGAAGCUUCCCAAUUUAAGGUUGCUUGAACUAAAACUUGAUUCAUUCAUGGGCAAGAGGCUAGUUUGUUCCAGCAAAGGCUUCCCUCACCUCAAGUCUUUGCAUAUCUGCGACUUGCCAAAUCUUGAAGAGUGGAAGUUGGAUAAAGGAGCCAUGCCUAGUCUUAGCAAACUUGAGAUUGAACAUUGCACCAAGCUUGAGAGGGUUCCAGAUGGGCUCAGAUUUGUCACCACUCUUCAGGAUUUGGAGAUCAGGUCAACGUUUGUAGCAUUCAGAACUAAACUUGAAAAAGGGGGAGAGGAUCAUUACAAGGUCCAACAUGUGCCAACUGUUGUAUUUUGUCAUUGUGACUAUUAAGUUGGUAUAGCAAUUUCUAUUGUAAAUCUAUGUUUACGAAUGACAAAUUAAUGAAUCAAUAUCCUGCCAUGCAGAUAGCAGAUGAACAUUACUACUUAAAUUAGACUUUUUUAUAUGAAACAUAUCCACUUUUGGUAUCUAUUUAUGUAACUAUUUUUUUAGCCCAUAAAAAUUAUUGAAAUUGAUA